AUGAGUACACAAUUUAUUCAAAUUCAAUUAGCUUCGCCUAAUGAAAUUGCCCGUUGGUCACAGCGGUCACUUCCAACAGGGGAAAAUAUUGGUGAAAUUCUCAAAGCGGAUACCAUUAAUUACCGUACGUUUAAACCUGAACGUGGAGGGCUCUUUUGUGAGAAAAUUUUUGGGUCCACAGUAAAUGGAGAAUGCACUUGUGGUAAAACCAAGCGCCGCCAAAACCGCUCAACACCAGUAGAUACAUCCCCUGAAGACGACCCAACAACUAUUCAAGAGGUGAGCGUCCCUAAAUCCGUGGUCGAAAUUUGUCCAUAUUGCCAAGUGGAGCCCACAGAUGUGAAAGUGCGACGUUACCGAAUGGGUCGAAUUACAUUACGUAAACCCGUGGCCCACAUGUGGUAUUUCAAAAAUACCCCUAACGUAUUAGCAAAUUUAUUGCCGAUUAAAGCCAAAACAAUUACAGAAGUAAUUUAUUUCUCGGAAUAUUCCGCAAGUUUACCAAACGCUAUCAAUUACUGUGUGCAUCCCCAUUCUAUUUGGGCAGUAAACCAAUGGAAGCAACUCUCAUCAUUUUUUGCAGGGACCCCACAACGAUUACUUGAUAAACCUGCCCCAUGGAAUAAAGAUCAAAUUAUCCGACGUGCUGGUUUACAAUCAAUUGAAAAUUGUGGUGCACAAGCAAUUGAAACCUUUUUACAUAAUAUUGAUCUAGAGUUUUUAGAGCGUGUUUUAACUGCGAAAUUUAAAUACGAACUCCAAAAGCAAGAUGCUCGAUCAGUACAAAAUGAAAUUGACAGCCAAAUUGCCGCUGCUGCUGCAUUAGCCGUACCCGCUGGUAUGGCCUUAGAACAGAAACAACCCACACGUCAUCCAGUCGCGACAAAUUUCCGCCAAACCGCUGAAGACAUUGCAAAACAUUCGUACUUUACAAAAUUUGAUUCCAAUAUCGAAAAGACUUUUUGGCAAGAGGAUGUCACUAAAAUGUUAAACCGUCGAGUCGACGUAACAAAAUAUGACCGUACCUCACAAAAAACUCAUGGAAUGAGUAGAGAAGUGCGUCAAUAUUCGAAGCGUCUCCGUUGUAUUCGUGGGCUCUUACGAAAAAAUAUUCGUCCAGAAUGGAUGAUUAUUUCUCUCUUCCCAGUAUUACCACCGGACUUACGACCAAUGAUUCAAAUGUCAAGUGGACGCUUUGCAGCAGCAGAUAUGAAUGAUUUAUAUCGACGAUUAAUUUACCGUAAAAUUCGCUUCGAUAAAUUCAUCAGUUUAUUCGAUCCAGAAUAUUUGCCAGAUUUAUUAAUUCGACAUGACCUUGUUCUUUUACAAGAAGCCGUCGAUGCAAUCAUUGACAAUGGGCGUCUUGCAAAACCAAUGAUGCGUGCAAAUCGUACACUUUUUAAAUCAUUAACCGCGGUUAUUGAAGGAAAACAAGGACGAUUCCGACAAAAUUUAUUAGGAAAACGUGUGGACUAUUCGGGACGUUCUGUAAUCGUUGUUGGACCAAAAUUACGGUUACACCAAUGUGGACUACCACGUGAAAUGGCACUUGAAUUGUUUCAACCUUUUGUCAUUCGUGCAUUAUUAGCACAUGCAGAUGUAACCAAUAUCCGUGCCGCCAAAAAUUUAAUUCAGCGCCGAACACCGCUCGUUUGGGAAACACUUGAAACGGUGGUGCAUGGUCAUCCAAUUUUACUGAACCGAGCUCCAACCUUACACCGUCUCGGAAUUCAAGCCUUUGAACCGAUUCUCUUACCUGGCCGUGCAAUCCAAUUGCACCCACUCGUCUGCCCAGCCUUUAAUGCCGAUUUUGAUGGUGACCAGAUGGCUGUGCAUAUUCCCUUGUCCUUAGAAGCUCAAGCCGAAGCCCGCCUUCUUAUGCUCGCAACUCAUAACUGGCUGUCGCCAGCAACAGGUGAACCAAGUAUCUUACCAAGCCAAGAUAUGAUUCUUGGGUUUUACUACUUAACGGCUGCAAAACCAACAGAAAAAAUGACGAAACGUCGUGCACUUCGACAACACCGUAAAAAAGACAAAACAAUGAACCAAGGGAUUUUCUCAAACUUUGCUCAAGUUUUACAAAGUUUUUCACUUGGAAAAGUUCAGAUGCAUGACUGGAUUUGGGUACGUUGGCAUGCGGGUAUUCAUACAGAUAGCCCCGAGCCACUCCAAAUGCUUUUGUCCCGUUCUGGCCAGGUGCGUACAGUCUAUAAAAACUAUAUUAUGGAACAUUCAGCGCUUGAAACCCGAGCAAGCCACCCAACGGAUUUUGUGACAGUCCCUGAUAUGACAACCGCAAUUCCAGCGCCAAGUGCUGCAGCACCACACGCGGAAUUUUUUAUCCGAACAACACCGGGUCGUGUUAUUUUUAAUAAUCUUUUGUAUGAAAACCUUUUUUUGUAA